AUGUUCAAGUUCCCCAACCUACGCGAAGGCCUCGUGUACAUCUCCCUCUUGGUGCCAGCCUACGCCAUGGCCCAGUCAUUUGUCGGCGGCGACCUCUCACAUCAGGCCCCCUACGGCCUGCCGGUACAGGACUUCGCCGCCGCCUUCUCGAGGUCUUCUUCGGACGCCACGUUCCCCAUCCGCGGAUACAACACCGCCAAGUCGGACGGGUCCUGCUCGGCCGUGCUUCCGGACGACUGCAUCCGCCAGCUGCAGGCCGACAGCGUGGCCAGCAAGGCCGGGCGCACGGGGAGCUGUCGGAACCUGGCCAUUCCCGACAGCUGCGUGGGGCAUUUCAACGGGAAGAAUGGAGGGACUGCUUUUGAGAUCACGCCUAUCGGCAGAAGCGGCCGCGCGGACAGGCAAUCCAUGUUCUUCGCUGCGGGGUUCGACCCGGUUCAAAAGGGCAACAAGUCGGCGCUCGAGGCUGCGGCGCGCCAUAUCUGGCCUGUGGUGUUGGCGUGGACGCAUUUCGGCAAGACCGGCGACGUCCAGGACAGUGCUGGAUGGUUGUCGUGCGCGAAAACUACAGAGUCGAAGGAGGUGACGGGCGGCGGGCAGAGGAUGGGCGCUGAGAACGUAUUGAGCAUCCCCGGAUGGCUCUUUCUGAUCUGGGCCAUAACAAUAUCGCUGGGCAAGUACGGAUCGUUCCCUUCCAAUCUCAUCAUUGGGCGCCCAUAUCACCUCACAUUUGAGGUAUUAGACAAGGCACCCGGUGAGAACUUUUCUCGCCUUCGAGUUGUCCCUACCGACGAGCUCUACGCCGAGGUGUUCGCCGAGGAGUCGGCCCCGGAGUGUUCGACACCCGCGGCAGGCACAAACGAGACAGUGAUAUCCGCCACGGACGGGGAGGAAUUUCGCUUGGUCGACGACGAUGGCAACGUAGUCGCGCGCUCGAACCAUGAAGUCAUCGACGAGAAUGCGCGCCAGACCCUGACGCAGGAUGAGAUCGAGGAACUGAAGAGAGAGGGCACCAACGCCGGCAAGGAUGUCAUUGCCAAACUGCUGCUGUCGCAUACAGCUAUCGAUCAGAAGACGAGCUUCAGUCUGGCAAAGUACAAACUCCUCAAGACGAAGAAGUACAUCCGGCGGUUCCAGGUCCUCCCGAUUGACGUUCCGACCUUCGCACAAUGGCAGCUCGAGGAGAGGGAUGCCAGCAAAAUCAUGGACCUCCGGGCCGAGAUGCUAGGGCUCGUCGGUUGUUGGGGCAAUGUGCACUACGGGGGCGACGAUGUCAUGCUGCCGGAUCCUAAGGCCCCCACCGACGCGGGAGACGAGGCGCGUGUUCCCGUGGACGAAAAACUGCUGCGGGGGAGGUGGCUCGUGGUGGAUGAUACCUCCGGGCUAUUAGUGGCAGCAAUGGCCGAGAGGAUGGGCGUGUUGUAUGAGAGAGAGGAGACAAGCGAGGAAACGACCGAGAAUGGAGCCGCAACAGAGCAGCGACCUGCUACUGCACAACACCCACAAGAGCCCCAGCCUAGCGCAUCAACUCCCGGAACACAGCAGCAGCAGAAAGAUGGAGACACCGAAAUGGCGGAUGCGCCGAUGACCUCAACCACCACGAGGCAGAGCGAUGGAAGGACGAAGCAACAAAAAGCCCAUCCCUCCGACUUUGCGAUUCCAUACUCUCAAACAAACACCAUCACAGUGAUCCACUCAACCAGUCAGCCGAAUCUCUCGCUUCUCAAUUACUGGGGAUUCGACAUCACCUCCCCCAACCAUCCGCCACACCCCUUACUCAAUCAUCUCCUGACCCUUACCUGGCUGCAGCUCUUGAAGCCGGAACUCGAUACCUCGUACUCGACACCACCGCUCACGGCGACUCCCGAGACUCUCGCGUCGUGGAAGCCAAGCCGCAGAGGCAACUUCCACCGCAAGCGAAGGAGGUACGCCCGGAUCCGGCACAUUGUCGAUAGCACCCGGGCGGGCAACUUUUCCGGCCUUGUCUGCGCGAGCACCAUGGACCCCAUCAGCAUACUGCGCUACACCCUCCCCUUGCUCGCCGGUGGCGCGCCGGUAGCAAUCUACUCCCCCUCCGUGGAGCCCCUUGCCGCCCUUGCCGAUUGCUUCAGCGUGCCGCGGCGCACGGCCUGGGUCAGCGGCAGCGUGCCCGAGAUCGAGGGGCUCUCGAACGAGGAACUGGAACGCUGGCAAGGUAACGACCGAUUCCCGCUCAACCCCACGCUGCUCCAGGGCGUGUCCAUCCAGACGAGCCGCGCCCGUCGGUGGCAGGUCCUGCCGGGCAGGACACACCCGCUCAUGACGGAACGUGGCGGGGCGGAGGGUUAUGUGUUCACGGCGUGGAGAGCAAAGCCGGCUGAGGGGAAGGUGGCCGCCAAAGGGAAAUUCAAGCGCAGGAAGGUUGAUUCUGAGACGGCCACCCCUGCUCCCGCGUGAGAUGGGUUCGCACAGUGAGUACGGUGUAAUCCGUAGACCUGAACAAAAGACGGUUCAAGUGCACCCUGGCGUUGGCGUCGUUUAGAUAUUACCACCAUUAAACCGGCCAUGUGAACCUGCACCGAUUGCGAGUCGCAUAGCGAGCGCCCUAUUUCCUUGCCGGCGAUCUAUCAUGCAGCUCUUGUUUUUGUC